UUCUGACGUCAGCGUCACAAGGACGUUUAAAACGUCGUGCGUCCGGGCUGACGUCUUUUACACUACUUUUUAUUAUUUUUUAUCCCCCCCAAAAAACACUCGCGAAAGAAAAAAAAAUCCCAUUUUCUGACAUGGAAAUGAUGAAUUGCUCGCAAGCGCCGCAAUGUGCUCCACACCGACCGACGAUUGCGCAGCUUUAAGUGAGUGCUGAGGAAAGCGCGCGCAAACUAGAGACGCUUCUUUCUUUUUUUAUUUUCUUUCUUUUUCUUUUUCUUUUUUUUAUUGGUACAGCUUGUGCCAUGCCACUGGUGCGCUGCGUCCCGUGAACGAGCUGCUGUGCUUUUUUCCCCCCUCUUUUGUUUUCUCUUCUUUUUCUCUUUCCCUCUCCCUCUUUCUCGCUCUCUCUCUCUCUCUCUCUCUCUCGUUUCUUUCUCAACCUGCUCUCUCUCCCUCUCUUUCUCUCUCUCUGUUAUUCUCUUUAUUUCGCUCCGUGGACCCUGCCAUGUCCUAUCCACAGUUCGGAUACCCCUACUCGUCUGCGCCACAGUUCCUCAUGACCACCAGCUCUCUGACCUCUUGCUGCGAGUCGAGCUCCAGGUCCGUGCCGGACUCAGGCAUGGCCACCUCGGCACAGCCCCCCGUCUACUGCCCCAUGUACGAGAGCAGACUGCUGGCCACUGCCCGGCAUGAGCUGGUCUACGGCAGCCCAUACACCAGUGGUCAGGGCUACGGCAAUUAUGUUGCUUACGGCACAGACGCCUCUGCUUUUUAUUCCCUGGGAGCCUUUGACACCAAGGAUGGGACGGCUUCUGCGCAUGCGGGGAUCACCCAGGCUGCUACCUACUACCCCUAUGACCCCACCCUGGGGCAGUACCAGUAUGACAGAUACGGCUCCAUGGACGGAGGGACCAGGAGGAAAAAUGCCACUCGAGAGACCACCAGCACGCUGAAGGCCUGGCUGCAGGAGCACAGGAAGAACCCCUAUCCCACCAAGGGGGAGAAGAUCAUGCUGGCCAUCAUCACCAAGAUGACCCUCACCCAGGUCUCCACGUGGUUUGCUAAUGCCAGGAGAAGACUCAAGAAGGAGAAUAAGAUGACCUGGCCACCGAGGAACAAGUGCUCAGAUGAGAAGAGAUACGGAGAAGACGAGGAAGGCUCACAAGAGGAUCAAAUCAAGAGUGAAACAAAUGAUGACGAGAGCAGAAGUCGAGAAGAUAAGGACCUUCAGCUGAGCGACCUGGACGACUUUGACGCCAUCGAGUCGGAAAGCUCAGAGUGCGAGCUUAAGCAUCAAUUCCACAUGAACGCACACCUGGCCUCCAGCGAGCACCUCAAGGACACUUCCAUGAAACUGUCCAUCGGACCCUCGCUGGAAGGGGACCGCGACCUGGCCAAGAGCUGCCUAAAAACAGUGACUGCUGAAGACCUGGAGCACGACCCAGGCGACAUCAGGCAAACCAAAACCUGCUUCCAGCAAGGCCACCAGGUGCUGGACAGCAAACCUCGUAUCUGGUCUCUGGCCCAGACCGCCACCUCGUUGAACCAGACAGAGUACCCGUCCUGCAUGCUUAGAUGCCAGCCAGCCAUGGCCUCCUCCCCCGAGGCCUCGUCGCCCACCGGUGUCCUGGACAGGCAGCAGGACUCCCCGGUCACAACCCUCAGAAACUGGGUGGACGGGGUUUUUCACGACCCCCUGUUUAGACACAGCACUUUGAACCAGUCUCACACGAAUACGUCAGUUUCUUGGACCACAACCAAAGGCUCCAUCCUGGAGACGGGCGCACCAGAGCGCACGGUAGGAGGCAGUGGGAUAAAAGGACACACCAUUGCUUUGCAGCAUCAAGAGCCCAAUAAGGAUAACAUGGCCUUCCCCAAAGCAAUUAACAAAAUGUUUUGCUCUUAACCCUUUCUGAUUCAUUCAGAAGAUAAGGAACAAUAAAACUUGAAAAGAAUGGGAAGAGUGGGAGUUAAGAACAUGUUACAGUGACAGUUGAUGAACAACAACAACAAAAAAAAGAACAUUGAACUGUUUGGAUGGGUGCGAAAAAAAAAGAAGCUAAUGGACAGUUUUUUUUAAACUAAAAAAUAUAUCUAUAUAUUUGCUUGGUCAUGGGGAAUCGUAUGUAGUAACUGUUCUAUUGACAUUUCACUUUCGAUGGGAUCCGUUUAAUAAUAUAUAUAUAAAUAUAUAUGUUUAUAUAUAUAUAUUUUUUUCCCUUCUGCCUCUGUCAAACAGCGCACGUUAAAUUUAUGUAUAUGUACAACUUAAAGUUUACAGGUUUACGGUUUUGUUUCCUAUUAUUUAUUUAUUUCUUCAUUUUCGUUUGGCAUGCAUAUGUUGGUAGUGGUCUUAAUGGGACAUUUUCGUUUCAAACUCGGUCAUGAACUGGAUGACUUGCGUGUCACUGUUGAAACAUAAAAAAAAAGAAAAGACGGAAAAAAAAUAAUAAUCUCACACAAGUAGCCUACACACAAGUUUCCUUCAGAGCUGGGGACUGUUCUAAAUUUGUUCACCAUAAUAAAGGGUCGGUUUUUGGCUGA